AUGUAUCUUUUAGAUACCUGUGGCCACAUUCGGUAUUUGAAGUUUUUUGAUCGGGAGUAUGGCCUUUAUAUGUAUCUUCAAGGCCACACCUUUUUAAACCUUUCCAUUGGAGCAAGCAAAUCUUGCGAAGCGGAAUGUCUUUACCGGAGAGAGUGCGUGGCAAUCAACAUUGGUCCAGCAAUUAAUGAUAUGAGGGUCUGUGAGUUGUGUAACUCAGAUCACAUACAGCAUCCUAAUGAUUUAAAACCAAGAGAAGGUUGGACGUAUAAAGGUACACAGGUAGGGCGAAUUUCGCUGAAAUAAAUUAAUGACGGCAAUGGUUGUAAAUUAUCUUGUGGUAAGCGUUUAACUAUUCAUAGCCCAAAAAGUGAAGUUUUAUCUAUGGAAGUGAUGAUGACAAUGACGAUCAAAAGAUAGUGAUGACGACCCUUGGGUGUCAGAGGCUUUUCAUAUGCUGUUUCAUGUUUCGGUUAACUGUUAUAGUGACCGCUCUUGUGUUCGGUUCUCUCCCGAAGAUUGCACUUGUCCGUCUUCCCUCCAGACAGGGGGAAUCAACCAAAAUGGAAUUUUACAAAGUCUAGCCAAAGAUCUGUCGAGCGGCGAUGAAGAAGACAUAAAAUAAUAAUGAGAAUGGUAAUAGGGAGCAUUGACUACUUGCAGUUUCUCAGGAUGGUCGCGCGUGCGAGAAUGUUACGUGUGAGCGAGCGAGCGAGCGAGGCAAACGCGCAAGGGGGAAGACGGAAAAAGAAAAGCCUCCCUCCAGUUCCCUUCUCGAGGGUCUGAAUGGGGGGCCCUCGAUAAUACUAAACACUUCAUUUUUUGGCUUUGUAAAAUGAAAUAGUUAAAUUUUAGGCAUUUAAACACUAACAGUAAAGAUUCUUUGAAACAAUGUUUUUUUUCCUAGAUAGAAGCAAAAACGGCUCCAAAAGGCCAAUAUUAUUUUGUUUAGUAUAUCAAGGAGUUUUUGGCCAUUUUACGACAAUUCCGGAUUAUUCAGAAGAUUUCCGAAGGCUACCGAAGAUUUUCGAAGUCUAACGAAGAGGUCCGAUCAUGGCCAAAGAUGUCCGAAGAACCCUCCAAACACUUGACGGUAUUUCUUCGGAAACAGUAAACAUAAAAAAAAUUGGCUAAUUUAACAGCAAACACUCAAAAUUAUGGGCAAAUAACACCAAACAUUAAAUCCCAUUUAGACCCUCCCUCUCGAUUGGUUCGCUCUCUCGAGCUCUGCCAAGUCUCGAUUUGACAGACUGAAAAGGGAACUGCUCGAAGUCUACAACACUCCUACAAUAUAAUAUUAAAAUUUCAUGGAAUCUAAAUUACGUUUUCAUUUUCACUAGAAUAUUUGUGCCUACAAACCUUGCUUGAACAAUGCAAAGUGUUUCCUUGGAUAUACGGACAAGGGGUUUCUUUGCGAAUGCCAGUCUGGUUACAUGGGAGAACUCUGCGAAACAGGUGAUUAUGUGGCCAGCAAACGCAGACAAAUUCAGUCCUGUUUUCGCUUGACUGCGCCACAAAGAAUGCUUUUCGGGCAGAAACAAACUGGAAAUACGUCUACGUCUACGUCUCUUAUACACGGAAUCGCCAGCUAGUAAACUAGAAACUUACCGUGGUCCGUUGCUUCGAGAUCCUUCGAGGUGGUUAGAAAAACGAAAGUGUAUCCUACCCAGAAAUUGAGAACAAGUGAAUGUUGCUUAAUAAGAAAUAAUCAACGUUGUCAGGGUUAGAAAACAUCUGCGCCCCCCCGGGAGGGGUUGGUCCGCAGCAAAGUUUUAUCCUGGAAAGCUCCGCCUUGAGGUUAACCUGAGAUCAGGCUCUCUUUUCGUUUCGCUUUGAAAUUAACAUUCCGGCGGGCAAGGCGAAACAAAAAGCGGUAGCCGUUACAGAGAAUGUAUGAGAACCGCUAAAAUUGGGCUUGAUCUCAGGUUACCUUGAAGUCCAGCUCCUUACCCUUUUAUGUAAUAUUUUUUCAGAGAAAAGGUACCCCUCCCUUAACCAGUACCUUCCAUUGACAAAUGGUACCCCUUUCAAAUACUUAAUUUCAAAUACCUAGUUUGGAACUUUGCAUUACUUUUAGCUGCUGUAAAUUUAUUGUCUUGAAACUGUGAAUAAAUCACAAAACGGGCCAGGAAAUUUUCUCGACUUUUUCACAGCCAUAAAAUCCUUCUGUUGGCCCUUUUAGGUCUUUUUACAGACCAAAAUGACACAGAUUUCUCUACCCUCUCAUGUACUUCAACCACACCUGAAGGCUGGAAAAGGUACCCAUUUCGCAAUUCGGACGAAGCUUCCCCGUGUAAGCCAUUACAGGGGGUACCGCCCGGGAUUUAUGCUUUCUCCUCUCCCAAUGAGUGAAACCAUCAGUCUUCCCUGAAGCAAUCAGCAUGCUACAAAAUUGAUUAUUUUCUUGCGCAGGGGAGUAUUUGGGAGCAAGAAAAACGGGUGUUAUCCCCUUCUUUCUUGUGCUCACUACUUCCAAGGGCCUGCUACGCAGGUUAGGAUGGAAGUCAUGACUGUCACAUAAAUGCAAACUGUACCAACAUUCCUGGCUCUUACAACUGGACGGGCAUUCAUGGUUACCAAGGCGGUGGGAACAUUUGUAAAGGUAAAACUUGCUGAUAAAUAUCAUGAUAAGAUUUAAUUUAUAUUCUUUUUUUUUUCUUUUUCUUAUUCAGACAUCGAUGAAUGCAAAAAGGGAAGCCAUGAUUGCCACAUGAAUGCGAACUGUACAAACACAGCUAGCUCUUACAACUGCACCUGUAGGCCUAGCUACACAGGUAAUGGGAGUAUUUGUGAAGGUAAAAAUUUGCCGGUUAAUUUUUAUGACGCGCCUUUACAGAGUCAGGGCUUAUAGUAGUUCUCUUUGGUAGUACUCCCUUUGAUACUCUUUCGCUAGUUACACUUACACUUACACUCAAAAAACCAAGAUGGUCACCUGUUACAGACUUGAACAAGGAAAAUGUUUUCUUGGAUAUACGUACAAGAGGUUCUUUUGCAAAUGCCAGUCUUGGAUAGAAAACAUCUGUGCCCCGGGGGUGGAGGGAAUUCCGCAGCAAAGUUUUAUCCUGGGAAGCUCCGUCCUGAGCGAAAUUUUUUCGACUUUUUCACUGCCAUAAAAAUCCUUCAAAUAGCCCUUUAGGUCCUUUUACAGACCGAAAUGACACAGAUUUCCUUACCCUCUUAUAUACUUCAACUAUUGAAAUCCUUACCCUUUUAUACACCUGGAGUCUGGAAAAGGUACCUCUUUUGCAGUUCGGGCGGAGCUUCUCCGAAUAGGCCAUCAUAGGGGUACCCCCGGGGUUUGCUCUUCUUGCAAUGAGUGAAACAAUCAGUGUUCCCUGAAGUAAUCAGCAUGCUACAAAAUUGAUCAUUUUCUUGCCUUAAAUGUCUACGUUUAUAUAAGAUGUGCGAGGUUGGUGGCUUGUAUUGUUUUCUUUUUUUUUAUAUUAGACCUGGACGAAUGCAAGGAUAAAACUCAUAAGAGUGACGUAAAUGCGAACUGCAUCAACAUUCCUGGCUCAUAUAACUGCACGUGCAGGCCUGGCUACACAGGAAAUGGGAGCAUUUGUAAUGGUAUAAUUAACUAUACAAGCCCUCACUUCAUUUUUCUGCAAAUAGUUUAGUUUUCUUUGUAACUUAAUAUUUACAUUUCUACUCCCUCCAGAAAUUGAUGAAUGCAAGGAUGGAAGCCAUGACUGUCACAUAAAUACGAGCUGUACCAACAUUCCUGGCUCUUACAACUGCACGUGCUGGCCUGGCUACACAGGCAAUGGGAGCAUUUGUAAAGGUAAAAAUUUGGGAAGACCUUAGAUAGCAAUGACCUCAACCAGGUUUUGGCGUCCAGCGGUUUUAGUUAAAACAAGGGUUUGAGUGGGGUGCUUAGUCUCGCGGGCUCAUAAAACCUGGUCUCAGUCAUUCUUAUUUAAAGAUUUUCAAAAAUUUUCUGAUUAUUUUUUNGGGGUGCUUAGUCUCGCGGGCUCAUAAAACCUGGUCUCAGUCAUUCUUAUUUAAAGAUUUUCAAAAAUUUUCUGAUUAUUUUUUAUGACGCGCCUUUAUAGAGUCGGGGCUUAUAGCUCCCUUUGGUAGUACUCCCUUUGAUACUCUUUCCCUAGUUACACUUACACGGCUUAAAAAACCAAGAUGGUCACCUGUUACAGCACUAAGCGCUCGAUCUCAGCGACCUUAGGGAAGCAGUCUUUGAACUUCACCUUUUUCAUAUUUCUGUGAUUCCAAUGUGGGAGGUAGGUUUAUGCGUAAUUCUGGCAUUUUGUUUUUUCAGAUGUAGAUGAAUGUGCUGACAACUUACAUGACUGCGACGACACUCAUGCAAACUGUACAAACAUCCCUGGAUCCUAUAGCUGUGUUUGCGACCCACCAUAUUAUGGAGAUGGAAAAAAGUGCAUAUUAAAUACA